GCGGAAGGUAUGAAGGUGAACACCGACUAAUUUGCACUUUCAGCUUGUUGGAGUUUCUCAAUUUCACGGCCAAAUUAGUGUGUGAAAGGACAAAUGUGGGUGAACGCACUGUUGUCCAAGAACAAGGUGAGAGUGCCAUUAUCGUUUAAACGUUUUCAGACUACUUUUGCCAUGUCUACGUCAGACACGACAACUUGUGCGGUGUCCUCUUCUCUGAUCUGGAAUAUCCCAAGCGGGUUGCUCAGACGCUUCUAACAAAGGUGUUUCUUCGCACUUUUAUCAUAUAA